AGGUCUCCGGGCUUCAGAGGACGAGCGGAAACGCCUCCAGUUUUCAAAACAAAGAGGAGAAGCGGGAGGCGUGUGAGGCGCGCAGGGCUCAGAUUGGUCCCUCCCGCCCGGUCGCUUCAGCAUCAUUGGGUGACAAUGGAGGGGAGCCCGGGAAUCGGCUGGCGCUCGGGGGCCGACGGUUCGCGGACGCCUCCGAAGAUCCCGCAGGCCAUGGAGGAGCUGCAGAGCCGCUUGCAGGAGACCCUGGACCUUCUAUCCUCGCAGGAGCUGCGCACCUUCCGCGACCACCUCAAGAAGGUGGAGCCGCGCGUGAGCCAGGUGAAGCUGGAGCUGGAGGGCUGCAGCCCGUCGGGGCUGGCCAGGCUCCUCGCCAAGCAGUACUACCCGCCGGCCGCCGCCAAGCGCGUCCUCGUCCAGGUGCUGGAGCAGCUGCCCCGCGCCGACCUGCUGCCGCGCUGGCAGAGCGCCGCCGCCGACGGCCCGGUGAUUCCACGAAAGAUUCCAAAGAGAAGCUAUGACUGUGUGGAAGGUGAAUUGGACCGUUAUGACCUGAGUGGCAGGCGGAAGGCCUUCCUCAUGUGUGUGAAGAGGAACAGGCCAGGCGCUCACCAGGAUGUCCUACUGAUGGAGGACUGGCUUGGCCAAUGCCAGUUCGAAAAUACGUUGUGCAUCGAUCCUGACGAAAUGGAGUUACUUGGAAAAAUAACAUCAUUUCGAGAUGGACUAAAUGAAAUUAAAGAUGACAUUGGCUGUUGCCUUGUUGCUCUUAUGGCCCACGGAGAAGAAGGCUUUAUCAGAAUGAAAGAUGGUGAAAAAGUUAGCCUGGAAGGCAUUUUUGAAAUGUUUAACAAUAAAAAUUGUCCAGCACUUCAAGAGAAACCAAAAAUCUUUAUAAUCCAGGCCUGCAGAGGAGAGAGAAGAGACAGUGGUGUUGAAACGGAUGAUGAACCCAUGGACUCGGAUGACGGAUCAGAGAAGAGAAGGCUGCCUACAUUCAGUGAUUAUUUCAUCAUCUAUCCCACCCAGGCAGAUCAUGUGGCUUUACGGGACCCCCGCACCGGCUCUGUGAUGAUCAAAGCAAUGACCGAAGUCUUUAAACAGUAUGGAAAUAAGUGGCACAUUGCUGACUUCUUCACCAAAGUGAAUAACAGAGUGGUGCACCGUGAAUUUAAUCUUCGUAAUGAACCAAUAAAAGUAUCACUUGUAAUGGAGUCAACUUUAACUAAAUUUGUAUACUUUUGACAUCAGGAAGAUUAAAAAAACAAGGACUGCUUUACAGUAGAGUUUGAAAAGAGCUGUGAGCAUUUGUAGCAUUGUACUAAUGGUUACCAUGUUGCAUUAUUUUUGUUAUUGGUUGUAUUUGUCCAAUUUGUUUUGUAUAUAUAUAUAUAUAUAUAUAUA